UCAAAACUGCUUCAGUGCUGCUUGUGAUACAGAUGCAAGUCUAUGGACCUUGUAGGGUCUUUGUUGAGGGUUCUGUUUUCUAGCCUUAUGCAAUCAUCGUGGCAAAGUAAUAUUCAUGACCCCAUGAUUAAAUAUUUGUUUAGGCUACGAGACUAUGUAUUGUCUAAGUACCGAAUUAAAAAAGACAAGAUGCCUUUUAAUGACCACAACAAAACGGAAUCAAAAACAUGCCUCUGGGACGAUGUUUGCACAGUUUUAUAACCAACCAGAGUAGCCAAUCCUGACCUCGGGGGAAACUACUGUUUUGCAUAUCGCAUAAAUUGCUCCAAUACGCUGGCGGUAGGCGGGUGGGUUUGAGUCCUCACGCCGGGUAGAAUGCUUUUGGUUUAUCUGUUUCCUUUCAUUUGGAGAAUGGCGGCGGCUGCUACUUGCAGUUCGCGUAGCACGUUAUGCCACGGUAGUAAAGCGCCUAAAGAUCACCCUCGGAAAAGUAAAGACUCACGGAGGAGGCAGGCCGCCCUCUCCUUCCUGAACAACAUCUCACUUGACGGGCGGCCCGUAGAUCACCUGAGCAAUGGGAACCACAGCCAGAGAGAGACCGAGCUGCAGGCUCAAGAAGCCGGAGCCGCAGCCGCCGGACACCAGGUGCCGGCGAGUAGCUGCGGAGCCUCCCCCCAGCUGCCGGCCACCCCGGGCGGGCCCGCCGCCACCCAGGCAUCGAGGCUUGCGGGGGUCGCCGUUCCCCCGAUCCUGGUCCUGCCGACUGAGCCUGGGGCGAACACCGUGGUGGGCAGCGACGCGUUUUCAGAGGGGGGCAAUGCAAGCAACCCCUUGCCGGCACCGGGACCUCUGCUGCUGUCCCCGACGGGACCCCCGCACGCUGCCCUGCCGGGUGGCUCUAGUAAGCCUGCGACUCUCCUCUCCGUGCAGAGCUGCAAUUCUCUGAGUUUGGACUCACGGCAGAGGUCACGGACUUUAUCGGGCUCUCCGCGACCUAGAGGUUUGAAGAAGGUCCACUUCAUAAAGAACAUGAGGCAGUACGAUACCAGAAGCAGCAGGAUAGUGUUCAUAUGUGCCAAAAGAUCCCUGUGUGCUGCCUUUUCUGUCCUGCCUUAUGGGGAGAGCUUCCACAUCAGUGACCCCAAGCUGGAGGGACAGAGGCAGAGGCAUCCUUCUGGAGGGGGUCCCCCUUCGCUAGACAUGGUCCCGGGGCUGGAGGGAGUGGAGCUGGGAGCUGAUGGAAAGACUGUAUCCUAUGCAAAGUUCCUCUACCCGACCAAUGCCUUGGUAAAGCAGAAGAACCCUCCAGCUGAUCCUGCUGCUCAGACUCCACUGGCGCGCUCCAACAUUCAGAGAAAUUAUACUCCUGCCAGGAUCAGUGCUGCAGCACCUGCCCAGGAACUAGGCAAUGAGAUUGUGGACAUGUCGGAAUACGAUCCAAACCUCCUCAGCGAUCCCCAGUGGCCCUGUGGGAAACACAAGAGGGUCCUCAUCUUUGCUUCUUACAUGACAACUGUAAUCGAGUAUGUGAAGCCAUCAGACCUUAAAAAGGACAUGAAUGAGAUGUUUAAGGAAAAGUUUCCUCACAUCAAGUUAACUCUGAGCAAAAUAAGGAGCCUGAAGCGAGAAAUGCGCAAUGUUGGGGAGGAGUGCAGCCUGCAGCCUGUCACCGUGGCGAUGGCCUACGUGUACUUCGAGAAGCUGGUGCUGCAGGGACGACUGAACAAGCAGAACCGCAAGCUGUGCUCUGCAGCUUGCGUGCUCCUGGCGGCCAAGAUCGGCAGCGACCUGAAGAAGCAGGAGGUCAAGCUGCUCAUAGACAAACUCGAAGAGAGGUUCCGUAUUAAUCGGAGAGAACUGAUCUCCUUUGAGUUCACUGUCCUCGUUGCUUUGGAAAUGGCCCUCUACCUUCCAGAGAGCAAAGUGAUGCCACAUUUCCGACGUCUGAUCCAGCAGCCAUGACCAGGGCUGCCUCGCACUCUGGUCUCAAAACAGUGACUCUGCAAAAGAAAACGAAUCAUAUUGCAAUGGUUCAGUUGCAGUGCUGAAGCUUUCUAAGAGUUAAAUGUGUCAUUUGGAGUGGGGGGGUGGCAGGUCCAGACAAAAUGAACCUACCCCUCUCUCACACUUUGUUAGAGGAUUUCUUUUUGUUUUUGUUUCCCCAUAACACCUAUUGUGAUAACUGGGUAAUUUAGUUCAUGCAACUCAAUAGAAGAAGAAAUGCUUUAGUUUCCAGAAUAAAGUCAACACUAUUGGAUGAUCCAUGGUUCCUGACAGCUCUUACCAGAUGACAUUUAUCUCUACAUUUCACUGUUUUAAGCUGUUGCUAAACCGUGUCUUACACAAACAUCAGGUAUCUCUCAUUUCCUUUCAAACACUUAACAUUUAAGUGUAAAGGUACAUUAUUUACAUGGAAACCCAGCAUUCUGCAAAUCUCAAAGACUAUUUGACUAGGGUUUCAUGGAGAAACCCUUAAUAUUCUGUUCUGUAGACUUGAAUAUCUCACUCAGACCGGCCACUGAUCUACAAUUAAUGGUUCAGCAUACUCAAAGUAUUCGCUAGAAUAACAUUUAAAUGAUAUUAAAGAAAAAGCAUAUAAAUAAAAAAUAAGUGCAACCUUUUUUCAUUUCUAUUUAUUUUGUAUUGGAUAUAGAAGGGAUAUAAUCAACACAUUUAUUUAUCCAUAGUUUAUCUGGAUGCACUUCCUUUUUGUUGUUUACAUUGUAUUUGAAAAUAUUUAUGCAUAAUCUAUAAUAGGCAGUAUGUUUUGUAUGUUACUAGUUACAGCAAAAUUGUUUCCUGUAAUAUUUUUAACACAUCUGGGAAGUAUUGGCACAAACAGUAAAGAUGAAGGAUGUCCUGUUGCCUGCUGAAAAUAUGAUUGUACGCUGUUAAUUAAUAAGCUUGUUCUUCCAAACCUUGUUCUAAGGAAAAUAGCAUUCAAUGCACAUUCAAUCAAGCACUCUAUGUUAGAGAUUACAUUUAAGCACAUUUAUGGUGCUAUUCUGUAAAAGCUUCAAUAUGUCGUUGUGACUAUUUUAUGUGUAUUACUGUAUGGUGUUCAAUACUCAGCUUGUGACUCCACCGGAUCGGAAUACAUUUCUGGAGCCUGUAGGUUUUGAUUUUACAUAAGAACAAUCAAAAUAAUACUGCUUUUAGAAUAUGUUUAUAUUCUAAUAGAUACUGCAAAGUGUGUUACAGUCACUUCUCCAUCAGAAUUAAACCAUUCUGGCAAUAUAUACUGUAAUUCUAUGUUCUUAGUGUGAGUGGGGUUGGGAUCUGAAGAAUGGGACAGUACGUUGUAAUGGAUGUGUGAAUUAAACAUAAAUUGUUUUUUUCGGUACUAGUUUUCACACCUUGUAGUUUUUAUAUGUUUAAUCUUCAGUAAUUAUCAAUUACUAGUAGCAUUCUUUGUCCUCCUGCUGUACAUUUCUAUGAAUUAAACUUAUUCUAUUGAGCAGCAAAUAUUGAUAGAUAUUUUGGUCAGCAGAUGAGUUUUCAUGUUGACAGAUGAUGAUGGUCUUGUAAAUCUUUGCACUUUAUUUCCAAUGCUUUAAAAGUUGUGCAUUGUACUUUGGCACCAAAACAGCGACCCGCAUUGUGACCCUCAAAUUUUUUUUUUGUAAGUGCACCUGGUUUGUAUUUCAGGGCGUUGCUUAUUUCUUUACAAAGGCAUGCUGAAGUAACAUGGUUGUAAAUAUACAGCUAUUAAUGGGCUCUACAAGAGUAAUCUAAUGGUGGAAAUGUGCAACAGUCAUCUUAAUGGUUUCAUAGGAAAAUGCUUUCAAUUGCAAAGAAAAAUAUACAGUAGGAUAAUUUUAAAUGCCAGCAGUCAAAUUUUAUUUUCUCAGGAAAAAAUACA